AGGUGUCCAGGUACCUUUAUAAUAUGAGAGCUUCCAAGCAGUACAAAUACCCAGGUGGGAUAAUACAGUGGGCUCGAUACACCAAGGACCAGUCCAAGAUGUCAAGAAAUGAGAAGAUUUUUGCCAAAUCCCUUAAUGAGCACAAGGACACAGUUACCAUGGCCACCAUGAGAAUCUUUAGAAGAGGCAUGCGGCAACCCCACUAUCACUUCAAUGCCCACACUAUGGGAUAUGUGCUCAGCGGCAGUGGAAGGGUCGGUGUUAUUGAGAAGAAAGCUGUUAACUUCCAUAUCAAGAAAGGCGAUGUUUUCUUCUUCCCCCGAGGUACCCACCAUUACAUUAUGAAUGUGGGAAAGCAGGACCUGUUCAUGGUCAUUGCUUUUAGCACUAAUGAUGAGCUUCAAACACUGGACAUGAACAUCUAUUUCAAGUCCACAGCAGACUUCAUUUUGGCACAGCUCUUCUUGAAGAAACAAGAGGAGUUUCGCAAAAUUCCAUCCUUUAAGGAGGACCAGGACAUCAACUUGCCGUAAUUCAGUAUUGCCAGCAUGAAUGUUGUGCAUUAUGACACUCUUCAUAAACAAAGGUGUAGCAGGACCAAUAUAAGACAUUCUCUAGCAUGUUAUUGUUGGAGGAAAUCAGCUGUAACCAAAAUGUACUUAAUCAGUUCUUAAUUCAGUAUGUUCAAAAGUAAGAGGCACCUCACCGGUCAAAACUGAAGCAGUCUGUGGCUCCUUUGUAUGACCUUCAUA